GAUUGACCCCCAGGCGUGGCUUCAGAAGCUCCAGAGACUCAGAGGCUGCAGAAGCUGCAGAGGGGCGGGACUGAGACCUGUUGAGCUACUUUAAAGCUCCCUGCUUUGGCCAAGGUGCUGUGCAGAACCCGGAGUUUUCUCUCCCCGCGUGCACAUUGUCAUCCCCCCCAUCCUUCAUCCUCGUGCAGGUCCGUGCAGUUGGCAUGUCAAACUCGGACAGGGUGGUGUUGGUCCUGGGAGGAGCGGGGACGGUGGGCUCUGGGGUCGUCAAAGCGCUGCUGGACAAAGGUUUUAAAGUCGCGGUGAUCUCCAGAGAUGACAGUCGUCUGGAGAGACUUCGAUCGUUUGUCUCUCCAAACACAAAGAGUAGUCUCACCACUGUUGUGGGGAAUGUCGGGUCGGAGGACGGAGCCGAGCAGGUGAAGCAGGCGCUGCUGAAGGAGGUCGGGAAGGUGACCGACAUCGUUUCUUCUCUGGGCUUCAGCUGGUGGCAGGGGGGGCCCCCGCACACCCAGUCCCUCAAAGAUCUACACUGGGUAAUGGAGACGUUACUGUACAGCACGUUCGUGUCCUGGAAGGCCUUCUUCCCUCUGGUGAGGGACAGCUCUGACUGUACAUACACCUUCAUCACCGGAGGAGCUGGAGAGAAGCUGCUGAUGCCUGGUACGGGCUUCCUGACAGUGGGAGCUGCCAGCAGUUUGGCUUUCUGCCAGGUGCUGCGAGAGGAAUACCCCGAGCUGCCCUGCAAACUCAACCAGGUGAAGAUCAACGCCGGUGUGGGUACUCCAGAACGCAUGGCGCCAGGCUACCUGAACCACCUGGACCUGGGCGAGGCGGUGGCCGCCCUUGUGGAGAGACGAAAGGCGUCGCACACGGUUUUCACCAUCAACUGCCCCGCAGACCUAAAGACGGCCCUCCUGGAGGGAAGCCUUUGAGCUCACAGCCCCGUCUUUGCUGCUGGGAACGGGCUGCUUCUGCUCCCAAACGCUCCAGAAACACACGCGCCGCUUCUUCAGCUCAUAACUCAAAUCCAAGUACAUGUUAUAUGUUAUCCUGCCUGUUCUCAGAUAGUUAGUGAGCGAUUUAUCUGCAUGUCUUACUGUGUAAUAUGGAAAAAAAAGAAAACAGAAUUGCACACGGUUUGUAUCACUUCCUUUUUGCCUGCCUCUCGCUUAUUAUUACACAGUUUUGUGAUGGUCUGGAAGACAUAAUAACCAUUUUGAUACAACUUCUGUUAGGACAAACGGCUGAAAAAUCAAGAAUUCAUACCAGACAUGUUUCCUCAUUGUGUUGUUUAAUCUGCAGUCUCAAAAAAAUGAGAAAUAUACCCUAAGAAUAUAGGGUAUAUAUGAGUGCAAAAUUGUCAAAAUUGUAUGCAUACUGUCAUCCCAGGAAAGCUUAAAAGUGAUGUGUUGAUACCUGAUCCAAACCUUCUGCACUCAAAAGCGCGCCGAAAACUUCAGCUCCUGCAAGUCUCAACAAAACCUCACUGUUUGAAUUGGAUAGAAUCUGAGUUUUACCUGAAAUUAAACACGCGUAUAUGUGAAGAUUUUUGGAUCCCAAUGUGUAGAAGGGCGAUGUCAUACACUGUUUAUUAGUCUGAAAUAUGCUGUUAGUAUGAGAUGAAUAUUGAGUCCUAACGCGACAGCAUGGCACCAGGGCCUGCUUGGUUUUAGCCUCUUUCUAGCAUUUUUAUCAUGAGUGAUGUAAAGUUUAACAAAACCAUGAAGCUUUUUACAUUCAAACUGAAAUAAAU